GUGGAAGGGCGAAUGAAACAUGAGGGAAGGUAGGGAGGAUGAGCAGUCACGUGAUCAUCUGUCGUAUCUCCCGGCGCGAUCCCGGGCCCCGCUCUGUCUGCCAGGGGGGAUCGACCUCUUCGCCUUGGCCGCCUCCGCUAGUAGUACAGCCGCCGCCUCCGACUCGGACUUGUUGCCGCCUCCGCAGUCGUCGCUCCAGCCUGCUGCUGCCGCCUCCACAGCAACUCAAGACAUGCCCAGGCUGCCGCGAAGAGAUGGAGGGGCUCCUCCUUCGGAUGGUCCUUUGAGGAGGCCCUUUCCAAGGCCACCAGUCACCUCCAGAGGCAGAGAUACAAGUCGUUCGAGCGGGAGGAUGGAGAGGGAGAAUAGUAGAGCGGGGGCCGAAGAUCCGCCCCCUGAUCUGGCGAGGCAAAACCAGGAGUUACGGCGUCGCCUUGAGGAGGAAUCGGCCAGCUACCGGCGGCGCCUCGACACCUACAGGCAGGCACAGCAACAUCAGGCAGCUUUGGUCAGCCGGCUUCAAGCCAAGAUUCUGCAAUACAAGCAGCGCUGCACAGAACUGGAGGGCCAAGUGGAGGACACAUCCGUGUUGCCGAUGCCGAUUGCGGCGGGUCCAAGUGCUUCGGACGCCCAGACAGUGAGGGCGCCCAGCGCCGCCUUGGAUGCAGCCCAACAGCACCUGCGUGAAAUGCGCGAAGAACGCAUCCACGACCUUGACACGGCUUUGCGAAGACUCGACGAAGAAAGGAGAAGGUGUGAAAAGGUCAUGUCAAUGAACACAGCACUCAGGGAACAAUUGGAAGAAGCACAUCAAACCAACGAAGCAUUGACGAAUGAUCUCCAAAAAUUAACUACCGACUGGGAACAAAUGAGAGAGGAAAUGAUCUGCAAAGAAGAGGAAUGGAAAGAAGAGGAACAGUAUUUCAACGAGUAUUACACCACAGAGCACAACCGACUGCUGAACCUAUGGAGAGAUGUGGUGGCCGUGAAGCGAACCUUCUGUGAGAUGCAGGCGGCCACUCAACGCGAUCUCAACAAGAUGAGAACGGAAGUGUCGGGCUCCAUUAGAGACGUUCUGGGCACUUGCACCGGCAUGCAGGCUCGGGCUACUCUCUCCGCUCUGUCUGGGGAGAAACAAAGUGCUCAGACAGCACAGGAAAGUGCUGAAUUGAAGUCAAAAUUAUCAGACCUAAAAGCUGAGCACGACGGUAUCAUCUCACAAGUACGACAAAAAGAAGACAGGAUCCAGCAGCUGCUAAGAGAACUCCAUGUUCUGGAAGAACGGUGCAGCCAGGCGGAAUCAGGAGUGUCGCAAGUGUCUCAACUGCAGGAAGAAGUGGACCUGUUGCAGAGUGCGCUGAGAGACAUUGCUCACGCCGUGAUUCAGGACGCCGAGAACAGGGACACCGAGAUCACUCCACAGACUCAGCCGCACGUACAUCUCACACCUUCGCCUGCUCUUCCACCAAGGUCUAAUGUCGCUGAAAUGUCGCCGAAACGAGGACCUCUUCGCGUGCACACAUCACCAGCGUUUGCAGAGAGCACAAUCUCGGCAGUUCAGGCCUCCCUACACAAAUACCAAUUGCAGAUUCAUGAGCUACAGGUGAAGCUGCAGGCUAGCGGUGAGCAGCUGGGAUUAUCGCGAAGACAGGUGGAGACGUGGGAAGAAGCUCAGCAUGGCCUGGAGGCGAAAGUGGCCGAGCUGACUCAGCAGCUGGACAACUGCCGCAGCAAUGUCACUCAACUCUCACAGGAGAAGGAUUUGCUCAUCAAGUCUCUGGACUCCGUCAGGGCCGAGAAGAAUGCCUUGGAUAAGAACCGACUCGAAAUGAGUGCAAUGAUUGAAGCUCUCAAUGUGGAUUAUGACAAAAUGCAAAAGGCUAACUCACGCUUACAAAAGGUAGCGGAAACUUUGGAAGACGACAAACUAUUUCUUCAGGCAGAGGUCGAACGCUUAACGAAGGAUUUGGAAAUACGAGAACUGAAUUCAAGAUCAGAAGAGGAUCGUUCCAGUCGUUUAAGGGAAGAACUAUUGACGGUUAGGGAGGAGUUGAACAAACUGCAUUUAGCGAAAGAUGUAUUGGAGCAAAACAAGAUGGAAUCCGACAAUUUGCUGGCACAAAUUGAGAAAGCAAGAGGUAAUUAUUUGGCUCAUUUCUACAUUUCCUUCUGCUUCAAAUAAUAUAAUUUGAAUGUGAUAUGUGAUGAGAUCUUAUUCAACUUAAGUGAGCUAUAUUCAACUUUGGAAGCAGGACUCCAGAGUCAAGUGGCAGAUCAGAACAGCGACCUGGGAUCUCUCCGCAAAGAGCUGCUGCAGGCUGAACAGAUGCGUUUGGACCUGGACUCCGAGAAAGUCUCCUUGCAAGAGAAGUGUAAAUUCCUCGAAAUAGAAAAAGAAAAGGUGGAAAUGGAAUUGGGCCAGGUAACAAGGGAACGAGGAGAUCUAAGCAAUCAACUAUCAAUCCUCGCCAGAAAGAAGGAGGGUCUCAAUGAAGAACUUGUCAGAGUGAGACAGAGACUGGAGCAAGCAAACGAGACGAUUGCUCGUAUAAAUCGUAAUUUAGAAGACCUCGUCAAAGACUGCGAAGAGAAGCAGAUAAUGCUUGAAACCAACGAUAAAGAACUACAAAAGUUACAAGAGCAAUUGGCGAGUCUAAGGAGUGAAAAAGAGGCCCUUGAGGGAAUUCUGUUCGAUACACAAACUAACUUGGAAGCAGUGGACACAAAGCGUGCUCAACUUGAAAAGGAGCUCAACGAUUCUCUUGUAAAACGGGAACAAUUAAAAGGACAAGUUUGUCGUCUGAAUCGUGAUUUGGAGAAUUGUGAGAAACGCUCUCAAGAAAUGAAAUCAUCUCUAAUUCAACAAGCUUCAACAAUGGAGGCGGAGUACCAGCAAACAAUUGCCAACUUGAAGAAAUGCAAUGAGGAUAAUGUCAGGAAACUUACAGAAGAAAAGGAGCAAGUGAGAACAUCAUUGGAAAAGAAAUUGCAGACAAGCAUGAUGCAACUAGGAUCAGAAAAAGAGGAUGAAAUAAGACAACUGCAGGAUCGAAUAGCUGCACUUCAAAAGCACAUAGAAAAUAUCUGUCAGCAGCAUGAAGAGGUUCUUCUACGUGCUGAAAACGACAAGCAGCAAGCACUUCUCCUCGCGCAUCACGACCAGCAAGCAUUGCAAGAGAAACUGGACUCGUCGCGUCGCAACCUGGACGAAGAGAGAUCUAACUCCGAGAGAGCCAAGAGAGAGGCCAUGACCAAAUUGGAGCAGGACCGCACGACGAUCAAUCAAAUGAGAGAGGAACUGUCUCGACUCAAAACCAAAAUUGAGGAGCAGAGGAUGAGGAUGGAAGAAGAGAAAAUAAAGUUGGAGUCGAGAAUUGAAGAAGCCAGGAAGGAGAGAGACGCCGCUGGCCAGGAAUGCGAGGAGUUGAAGGUGCAGCUGCAUCUGACCGAAGACCGCGUCGACAGUGUCUCGGGGCAACUGCAUGAAACAACGCGCCGGCUCAAAGAGCUUGAGAACACGGCGGAAAGCCUUCGUAAGGAGCUGACUGAUGUAAGACGGCAAUUAGGUGAUGCGAACUUUGAGAAGGAGAAAUACAGUAGUACGAACAAAGAGCUGAGAGAGGUUAUAAAGAGAGUCGAAGGUGAAAAACGAGAACAAGCUAGAACUCUUGAAGAAGCCUUCCAGAAGAUUACUGCGGUAGAAGAUGGUCGAACGAAUCUAGAGGUUGAACGUGCCAAACUUCAAACUAUGAACAGGGAGUUGGAGAAACAGGUGAUGCAGAGUGGACAACAGGGCCAGGGUCUGCAGGAGGAGCUGAAUCGGCUGCAGUCUGCGCUGGCUCAGUCGCACAGCGAAGAGAAGGAGCUGCAGGCCAGACUCAGCACUGAGUCCGAGGAGAGAGAGCGUGCGCACAUGGAAAUGCACAACCUGCGCAAGCAGAUAGUGGAACUUGAAGGAACCCUUGAGGGAGCAAGACAAGAGGUGAUACGACUACGAUCUCGCUCAGACGAAGAUGAAGAACGGUGGCGAGGGAGAGAGCAAGAACUUCUGGUGAGAUUAGAAGAUUCUAGAAACAAAGAAAGGAAGUUGGAAGACCAGAAGCAUAAUUUGGAAGUGUGCUUGGCUGAUGCUACUCAACAAAUACAGGAAUUGAAGGCGCGACUAGGAGGCGCAGAAGGCAGAGUGCGUGCGCUGGACGGUCAGCUGAUGCAACUGGAGGCUGCCAAGAAGGAGGUCGAGCAGAAGCUGAGUAGUGUCGGCUCCACCCUGAGGCGCAUCGCGGGCAUCCAGCUCGAUGGCAGUGUCAACCUUCCUUUCAAGCUCCUGUCGCCGUCCAGGAGGUGGAGUCCGGUUAGAGUUCAAGAUCAUCACAGCGAAAGUGCAAGAGGAGAUGUCAUGUUGGAUGUGGAUCCUGAAAUUGUCAGGAAGGGAGUUCGUACACUCAUGCAGCAAGUCGCACAAAUCGAAAGAGAGAGGGAUGAUUUGAAGACUCAAGUGAAUGGUAUGAAGAGACAACUACAGGAGUCAGUCGAACAGCAAGCCAAGAGUGAAACAAAGUUGGCCACAGCUACAAACUCAUUGAGACAACUGCAGGAAGAAAAGGGAAGCUUAGAAGCCAGACUAGGACAGAAGACAGCUGCUUUUCUAUCUCAGGCUGAAGCUCUUCAACAGAAAACUGAAGAGACGCAGUUGUUGAGAGAGAAAGUAACGUCUUUGGAGCUCACUGUCAAUUCCGGCGAAGAAGAAAAGGCUGUGUAUGAGGACAAAUUGGAGAAGGUGCGACAAGCUCUCAAUAGAACUGAAAAUGAGAAAAGAUCGUUGCAAGAAGAGCUGACCCGUUGUGAAUCUCGAGCAACAAAACUUGAGUUGCAACGUCUGGGCUUGGAAGGGGACCUGCAACGCAUUCAAAUGGUUCUCCAGGAGAAAGAUGCUACUAUACAGAAAUUGCAAGAAAAGUGUGAGAACCUGUCUCGUAAUGCUUCCGGGCUGGAAGAAAGAUGUGCGUCCCUUAAAACUACAAUUGAACAGCUGAAUAUAUCUCUUGAGCGGGCCAAUUCUACUGAAACAGAACUGCGGGCUGAAUCACAAAGUUUGCAGCGUACUCUACUUGACACGUCUGCCACAUCUCAGAGCAGCACUGACAAGAUAAAGCAGCUGCAGAAAUCGUUGAGCAACAGCGAGAACGAGCGACGCGUGCUGAGCGAGCGACUGGAGACGACACAGCAGGCGCUGAGCGAGGUGCGUCGCAGCCAGCAGCACUUGAGCGACCAGUACAGCCGCAUGCAGACCGAGCUGGCCAACAACGAGGUGCAGCGAGCGGGGCUCGAGUCGCAGCUGCGGCUGGCCAACUGGCCCAGUGAGGGGCCCGCCGACGAGGAACACGGCACGCAGCGGGAACUGCGAUCAAGGCUCGAUGCGCUGCAAGAGAGGGUGCGUCAAUUGGAAACGGAGAAACGCAACCUCGAGCGGAAGAUGCAGUCGCAGCGCAGCAAGAGCUACGAGCGGUCAGAGAAGUCGCUGGUGGACUGUGGGGGAGGAGGAGGGGGAGCCAGCAGCCUGGUGUUGGGAGGGGGAGGGUUGGGGGGUAGCUCCAAUCAGCUGGCAACCGAGCAGGAGAACAGAGACCUCAAACUCAAGAUACGCCGGCUCGAGGCUCAGCUCGCUGACAAGGAGGCUGAACUGGCCAGACUCAGGGCUAGCGAGAAUGCCAGAACAUCUUUGGAUCGAAGUUCUGAAAUGGAGAGAUUCCGUGCUGGUCAGUUACAAGCCGAGAGGUUAUUAGAAGCAAGAGAGCAAUCUCAUCGACAACAGGUUCUUCGUUUGGAGAAUCAGAUACAAUUGUUGAGAGAGCAACUGAAUCAGGAGGUGAAGCGAAGACAAAUGUACGUGUUGCGCAGUUCACGCGCCGGCAGGGAAAUGCAGCAGCUGAGGCAGGCGCUGGGCGACUCAUUGCGCACAGUGUCGCAGGACCCCUCCCUCGACGCUCUGCUCCUCGAACACGAGACCCGCAAACUGGACACACAAACUGCGCCCCUCGCCCUUCCGCCCCCUCGGCCCCGCACACCGCACUCCUAGGACAACAACUAGUAACUACUUUGUUGGUACAUAGUAACCAAAUGUAGGUAUCCGUUCAAUUGAAACUGGAUGGAAGAAUUUGGAGACUUUCUUCAAGAUAUUUGAUCAAAAUCAAUCUUUGAGAUUGACAAUCACACCAAGAGUUGAUGAGACCUAUCUUCAGGAAGGUCAUCUGUUGUAAGGACAAUAUUACAUCUAUAUUUUAAUGAGUAUCCUAUCUUCAAGAGUUAUCAUCUGUUCUAAGGACAAUUACAUCAAGAUUAAAGAGUAUCCUAUCUUCAGGAAGUUGCCAUCUGUUGUAAAGAUCAUCAAGAUUUAAUGAGUAUCCCAUCUUCAGGUAGUUGUCAUCUGUUGUGAGGAUCAGUAGGAAAAUUGUACUUCUUCCUUGGAAGAGAUUUUUUCGUUGAAAAUUAAUUAUUUUUUUCGUUGUAAAAUUAACAUUUGGUGAGGAUUAUGAGUGGAUGUGAGAAUAGAUGUCUUAAGAUAGAGUUGAAAUUCAACAUCAAUAUUGUAAGAAGUCAGCUUUAUAAAUAGAUAAUACAAAUCUGACAACAGGACAAUAGGUUGGUUGAUCACAGUAGAUUUCAUUAUUCAAAGGAUUUUAUCGUUGAUGGAUGAAAAUCAAUUUUUUAAGAUUGAUCAUUAGAUCAAGAUAUAGUGACGAGCAUGAUUAUCUUCAGGUAGAUAAAUAAUGUAAAAAUAAUUGAGGACUGAAAUUUAUGUGAAGAACGACAAGACAGCCUAUUUCGGACUUUGUGUAACCUUAUCUAAAUUCGGGAGAGGAAUAGCACAAGGUUACCUUAUUUUUUAUCUCCCUAUCAUUUUGAUGAUUUACUUAUUGUAUGAAUCAAUAAAGAAUCAAUGAAUAAAGAUAUGAGGAUUAGCUUGAACAUUGUUGUGAUGAGAAGUGAAUUCGUAUGGCUUUUCUUGGUGGAUAAUCCCUUACGGGAAGGUCCCACCUGGCCUAAAUGAACUAUUUGAGCCGUCAAUGGGCCUUACGACUGUCCAUACUUCAGCCGGGACAGAAAACCGACAGUCUGCCCAUCCGAUAGCACUCAUGUUCUAUCCGAUUGUUGUAAUGUAUAUCUUUCUAAAUUGAGAGCACAAAUCUGUCGACAUGAUAAUGAGUUGAUUCAUCACCAGUAGAUUUCAUAACUCAAGGAUUAUCAUUUCAUAUUUCACAUGUACAACAGAGUUCAGUUGAUUGGACCAAUGGGACCAAAAUGUAGAUUACUGUCUUCACUUGGACAACAAACUUGUAAUUUUUCUGUUCAUUGUUUUAUGGUUUAGUUGUGAAUUGAUUAUGAGUGACAUUCAAGUUGUUUUCAAGGAUAUUCUUUAUAUCCCGGAUAUUGUUAACAAGUACAAUUUACAAUAACUAAAAAUAAUAUUCAAUGGAAAAUUUGAGAGUUAUAAUCACGCUGUUGUUCAAUCUACUAAACUACUUAUUGUAAAUAUAGAAAAUAAAACAUUUCAAGUGACUUUUCACAUUUCACAUGAUUCGAGAAAAGAGUGCUAGAUGUGUUAUUCCAGCAAUAGUAGUGAAAUGCACCAUGAACUGUCUGCUGAGUCUGCUGAAUGACACCUACUAAGUAUUAAGUCAAUGCAAUAAUAAAAUCAAAAGCCUUAGCAAUAUCUUAUUAAUUGAAUAGAAAAGUAGGAUAAGAGUAUUUAAUUUAACCAUUAAUAUGCACAUAACUGUAGUUAAUUAUUUCUACAAGUAGCCUAAGUUCAGUUAGUUGUUAACUAGUCAUUUUUGUUUAAACAGUUAAUGAAUCUAGCUUAGAGUAUAUUGUUGAAUUUUGUGUUUAUUGCUUUCAUCUUCUCGUAGAAGAUUACUCUCUAGUCAAGGUAAUUGAUAUUAUCGAAUAGAUAUGAUAUUUUAAUUGAUAGAUAUUUUUAUUGUUAUGUUCUUAUAAUUUUUAUGUGUAGUGUAUAACAUGUUUUGAGAAUUCUGCUCCAAAAAGUUAAUUUCUCUCUAAGUUGUAUGUGCUUAUGUAUUAUUUCAAUAUGUACGUAUUUCAUAAUGGAAAAUUACCUAUGUAAUUUCCAUUCACAUAUUGAUUCUAUAUAAAUUAUAGAAUUACUCAUUAAAUUGACAAUCACUGCCAAUUACUCAAGUAUUAUUCACGUAAUUACAGUGUAACUGGAAGCUUCAACUAUGAAAUCUCCACAUUCUUUCGCCGUCAUCCCGAACGUGAGCAAUACUCAGGUUUAUGUAGUUUAGAAUCCUUAUUAGAUGAUGAAUCUGACUCAAAUCAAGAUAUAUUAAAUUCUUGAUAUAUAUUGAAAUACAGUAUUAAACUUGUGGUUAGAUGAGAAGAUACAACGAAUCUUGAAAGAAUUUUCAUAGUUGACAUGGUCAUUUCACACUGCCAGUCAUACUGCCAUCAACUGUUUCAAUUUCCAACAGACAUUCAAUAAAUAUUUCUUGACGAUAAAGAGAUGUGGCAUUGUAUUAAUUGCUAGGAAAAUAAAAUAAUAUAUAGUUUCCGAACAAUAGAAUCAUCUUAUUCUUUAUGAAUUGAUUGACUCUUGUUCUAGCCCUGACUUAUAGGUAUCUCCAUAUUUGUUUAUAAUAGAUUCUGAUACACGUAGGUGAAUUUUCAAAAUAGAGAUUCUAGUUGAAAUUGAAGCAAUAUUUAGACACAGUAGAGUUAUGCGUUUGUAUAUUAUUUUAAUUGAAUUUAUCUAAUUACUUAUUGAUUUUUCACAUUUUUAUCGCUUUAGACUCUAAAGUUGAUAAAUUAAUGUUGAUUAUUAAAUUUAUUUGACAGUGAAUUGAUGAGACAUUGAAUUCAGUUUAAAAUAUUUUCUGUAGAUGCCCACUGGUAAAUUUUUCAACAAUAUUAUUAUUUCAAGUAGUUUGACACAAGAAUUUCUUGAUUUUUCGUUUCUUUUGAAUGAUUUCCAUUAUUCAAUUCCACUUCUUCUUUGGGUCAUUAAACGUGAUUCAAAGGUAGAUCAGGGACAGUAUGUUUUUUCGUUAAAUUUAAUUCAUUUCAAGUUAAGAAAUGUUUUUAAAAUUAAAGAAACUAGUUGAAAUUAGCUUGUUACUGUAUAGUACUGCUAAAGUAUUAGUACCAUCUAACUUUUUAGAAAAUCAUUAGUUUAGACGAUAAUAUGAGAUGAUUGUUAUUAUACACUGUACCAAGUAAUCUUAAAUAUAGUAUUAUUAUUUUAUUGAAACAAUAAUUAAUUAUUGUUCAAUAGAAAAUUAUUAUUUUGGAAUUUCGAAAGAAUAAUGUGUAAUUUUUUUCUUGUUCAGUAUAUUGAUUCACAACUCUCACUUCAUACGGUACAUUAUUGAUCUCGUUUGAUUUUAUGGUUGCUGACAAUAAUCAAUAAAUUAAAUCAUAUCUCAACAGUCUAUUUAGGACUAAAUGUCAAUAUUGAAAUACGGCGAUCAUUUAUUUUAGGUGCAUUUUAUUGAAAUUAUUAAUGCAAGUUUUUAAAAUUUUUUUAAAAAUUAUCUAUUUUGUUUUAAAGAAUAUAUUUAUAGCUUCCAACAUUUGUGGAUACGGUAGUCAUAAUAUACUAUAUUUAAAUGAUGCUUUUUCGUUUUUAGAACUAUUAUAAUAAUGCAUGCAAAAAAUAUUGUACAUCAAAUUCAGUUUUGUUUCAAAUCAAAAAUUUAAUCACAAGUGCCUCUACUGCUUAAAUUUUUCGAGGAUUAGUAAUAUCAUAUUGAAGUAGUUUUAAUGGGUAAUGGCAUUCCGUCCAAAUAGAGCAAUAAUUAUUUAAGUGAGAUUAUACGUCUGAGAAUAUUGCCUUCCAUCUAAUGAUGCA